CACCACAUCGCCCUUCGCGUUCACGCAUAUCUGCUUUUCGGUUGGCAGAUCGCAAAGCCGCACUUCGUUCGGCCAGCUCCUCCUCCUCCUCCUCCUCCUCCUCCGUUUUCUCAAAAUCGAACGCAAUCGGAGAGAAUCCUCCAUUUGAUUCGUUCAAGGCACUUCAUUGCGGAGUUUGAGUGGCUUCUUGAUUCUGGUGAGUGUCAUCUUGUUCUGAUCCUUGUCAAUUGACGGGAGACUUGCCGGUUGUGGCGAAUUUGCUUUGUUCCACUGGCUUCGAGCAUUGGUUUCGGGAACGGCCGGUUGUGGCUGUGAAUCUUGAGGCCUUAGGAUUUCACCAACUGUUUAGGUUACUAUGUCAAGAACCCUGAGGAGUUAGUCAUCAUGUCACCUCUGAUUGAUGGUCUCCCAGAUGAAAUUGCUAUCCAGUGCCUGGCACGAGUACCAUUCUACUUCCAUCCUCAAUUGCAGCUUGUUUGUCACUCUUGGAGGACUGUACUUCGAAGCCCUCGUAUCAUUAAGACUCGUUGUGAAGUAGGGGCUUCAGAAGAGUUACUUUGUGCAUUAGCAUAUGACCCUGAGAACAUUUGGCAGCUCUAUGACCCUCUACUAGACCGUUGGGUAACCCUACCAGUUAUGCCUUCAGAAAUCAGGCACCUUGCCCGCUUUGGUGCUGCAUCUGUUGGUGGAAAACUAUUUGUUAUUGGAGGCGGCAGUGAUAGAGUUGAUCCAUUGACAGGAGAUCAUGAUCGCAUUUUUGCAAGUAAUGAGAUUUGGUCUUAUGACCCACUUCGAUUUGAAUGGGCACAACGGUCACCCAUGCUUGUACCCCGUGCAAUGUUUGCAUGUUGUGCUUUGGAUGGAAAGAUUGUCGUAGCAGGAGGAUUCACAAACUGCCGAGAAACCAUAACUAAGGCUGAGAUUUAUGAUCCUCAAUUGGACAAAUGGGAGCCUCUUCCUGAUCUCCGACACUCACAUACUUCUGCAUGCUCUGGGGUGAUCAUCGGGGGAAAGAUGCAUGUGUUGCACAAGGGAUUGUCAACAAUCCAGAUAUUGGAUUACGGCGGUAAAAAGUGGGAUGUUGCGGACUAUGGUUGGCUCCAGGGCCCAAUGGCUGUGGUUCGUGGGGAGCUAUAUGUUCUGAGCAAUGGCUGCAUCUCUAAGCAAUACGGGGAUAAUUUAACUGAUAGGGUGGUGUCAUAUGCAUCAGAUUUUCAGAGCCGAAUUAGUUUUGGGAUGAUUGGCGUGGGAGAUGAGAUAUUCAUAAUUGGAGGAGUAAUCGGGCCUGGUCCAAGGAAUCAAUUCAUUAAGCAGCUAUCAGAUGCUGAUGCGCUGAACGUUAGGGUUGAGAAGCCAGCAUGGCGCAGAGUAUCACCGAUGACCCAUUGCUGUGGCAGCAUUCUAGGGUCUGCAGUGCUUAGAAUCUAGUUUUCGAUUGCCAGAUAGCAAAGGACAAGAAGACUAGAAUCUCGCUCGUUCCUGUUUGUAUUGUGAUUGCGGGGCUCCUUUGUCCUUUUUUUUUGUUUUUUGUACUGCCCUAUUGCUAGCAUCAUCUGGCAAUGUUGUAAUGCAAUGGUCUGUGUUUCCAUUCCCCAUUGAAAAUCAUCUUUUUAUGUGUCACUGUAGCUUGAGUGGCUGAAGGCAAGGGUGUGCUUGGAAGCCAGUAAAAGAGAUGGUAUUGACUAUUUUUCAGUCGUUAUGGAUAAUAAUAAUACCAAUUUGUAGGAGGAGAAUGAUUAGUUGACAA